AGGGGUAAUCGCCAAUAUAUAGCAUGCCAAGGUCCCUUGAAAAAUACUUGCGUUGAUAUGUGGCAAAUGAUUUUGGAUCAAGACGUGGCUUCGAUUGUUAUGCUAUGUCAAAUCAGUGAAAAAGAAAAGAUAAAAUGCUGCAAAUAUUUCCCAAAUAGCAAUGAAAAAUUAGUCUUUGGAGAUAUUCAAGUGAAAAAUGAUAUUACGAUCGUUGACACAGAGCGUUAUUCGUUCACAAUCAGAAUAUUGACAGUUAUAAAAACGUCUUUAGUUCACUGUGUCGGGUUGAUCAUUUUGAGAGGAUAUAAUUAG